AAAAAAACCUUUAACGAUACAUUUUGUGAUUAGAGUCCAAAGAGGCAAAUGUGUCCUCAUACCGAUCACACGGGGAUGACUCCACGGUUUGACGGGAGGCGCAGAGUUCAUAUCGUGACAGUGCCCUCCCCUAAGAUCUCCGUGUUUUAAAGGCGGGCAGUGGGUGGUUAUGACGCGUUCAAAAGGGAUAAGUGGAUGAUGAAACUGAGAUAAAAGCUGAGAUAGUUGUCUCGCACAACAUAUCAGAUAUUUCUCCCGCGCCGCAUUCCAGUGGGCUUCGCUCGCCUCUCUUGCCUCUCUGGAAGAACGCGAAUAUCCGAUCAAAAAAGUUCCAAUUUUUUCUUUUUAACCCGGACUACUAGACACGUCUCAAGAAAUGCAACAACGGCGACUCUCAACAUCAUGGAAUGAUUCUUUAAGCACAGAUGGCAACUGUUACGACUAAACGAAGAACAUUUUAAGUAUUUGGAGGACUCUCGAGGAUGAGGGAAGCCAAAGGAACGACAUACUACCUGGAGUAACUUGUGUAGUUUGGAGGUUUUUCCACAAUUGACCUUGGAGUCUUGCGUUCCUCUUGAUCAUUGCAAUUUCGAAGAUUUGCAUUGCACUCUACUGUCGAGUCUUCCCUGCAUCGAAAGUAAAUCAUAUUUUGGGUCUGCGUCUACCCGAGAUGGAGUUACUUCUGCUGUUCAGUUUAAUAAGUUUCCCUCUGGCAAUGCGCUUGAAUGUUGGCAAUGCCGCAGGGUCAUCACUCAGCCCGCUGGCGUCGGGGAGGAACAUUGAGAGGCACUCCACCGAAUGCCACCAUAUGCUGAAACAUCUCUACAGCGGGGCGCAGGUCGCAGUGCACAUGCCGCCCAACAUCACCGCACAGUGGGUCUCAUCCAGCUGUGAAGUGAGGCCGGGGCCCGAAUUUCUCACCAGGUCUUACCGAUUCUACCACAACCACAGCUUCAAUGCUUUGCAGUUCUACUACCGGGACAAUCACUGCACCAAGCCCACAUACUCUCUUCUCAUCCAGGGGAGUGUACAUGUGCAACAGGCCUCCUGGGCCAUCCGCGGAGGUACGGAGGCGGACUACCAGCUCCAUCGCGUCUUGCUGAUGUGCCACACUGCUGAGGCGGCAAGAGACCUCAGCGCGAAACUGAGCCGGGACUGCGGGCUUGAUGAAGCUUUGAAGCCGGAAGAGAGCUACGAGCUGUGGGACCGGGCAACGGGACGUGACUGCACGGGGCCGCUGGGUUUCAGCAUGCAAGAGCUUCUGCUGCUGCGCGUGGAGAGGCACUAUCGCCAUGGCGACCCCGACAGCCAGACGAAGGAGCUGCUUCUUGGAGACUUGCACACCGACGUCUCCCGGAGGAGGGUCCACAAGCCCUCAAGCUACCAGCCCCCGCUGCAAAGCAUCAAGCACAGUCACGAUCACUCCUGCAUCAUUUGCCGGAUCAUGUCGCGGGGGAGUCUCCAGCAGCCCCCCUCCCUACCUCCGCAGGCCGACUCCCCAGUUAGGGUCCAAGGACACUGGGUGAGCCAGCGCUGUGAGGUCCGCCCUGGCGUCCUCUUCCUCACCCGCCAUUUUGUCUUCAACAAAGAUGGCCGCACCUGGGAGGGACAGUACUACCACUACGCUGACCCGGUCUGCAGGCUGCCCACCUUCAGCAUGCAUGCCAUUGGCCACUACAGCCAAGGUCAACCCUCGGCCAAGGUCAUGGGUGGCACUGAGUUUGUCUUCACAGUGACUCAGAUGAAGGUGACCCCCAUGGACUUGGCCACCACUUCCCUCCUCAACAUUUUCAGUGGCGACGAGUGUGGCACUGAGGGCUCCUGGCGUCUGGGCGUGGAGCAGGAUGUCACCCCCACAGCUGGCUGUGCCGCCCUCGGCAUCCGCCUCCCCCACACCGAGCACGAGCUGUUCCGCAUUGAGAGUGACCCCUCCGGCAGACGUCUGCUUUACAACGGCCAGCGACCCACCAACGGUUCAAGCCCCAACCAGCCGCACAAGAGAGCCACCUCCUACCAGCCUCCACUGGUGCAGUGUUCCCCUGGCAACCAGGGGGGCCUUAACACCGGGAGGGAGGGGGACCAGAACUUCAGACUGGGAAAUGGCUGCAUUGGCUGCUACUGUGACUGUCGGUUUUGUCUUUCUACUCUCGUCUGGGCUCUUGUGAUUUUACAGAUCAUGUAGUUCAGACAAAACCACAAGGUCUGACGCCUAUUAUGACUAUUCAGAGGGUAGAACAGCCUUGGUUGGACGGACACAAAAAGGGAAAGUUCACCCUGCAAAAGAUUGCUCUAGUAAAGGUUCUGGACUUUCUGUUUCGAGUGGCGCUUUCAGAAAAUAAAGGGAUGCGAGGGACUUUGUCCUCUAUCUAAGGCGGAUGGUACGAGAACAAACAUUUAGCUCUCAAUGAUCAAGAGACAGUUGUGAGCAGGACUGGGAAUACAUGCGCCAAGUUUAUGUGAUUUCAGCAGUUGGUGUUAUUUGUCUAAGAUGUUUACAAAAGGGAUUAAAAGAAAGCUAAAAUAAACAUUCAAAUGUUGUACAGAAUGCUAUGGUAUGCGAAACAGUGCAUUUGCCUAAAGCUAGCCAACCAUCAAAUCUGUCCAAAUAUACUAACAUCUUCAGUUCUGAAAGUUAUUGUACAAGCAAAGCUCUUUGUAAAUAGUAAAUUGUGUCAGAUGUUAUUUGUGUAUAUACUAAGGAUAUUAAAUAAAUUCUAUGGUC